UCUGUCCAUAGAUUUGUAUCAAUCGAUAGUUAUCUUGCAUCUCUGGCAAUUAUUGUGCUCUAAACAAAACCGGCUUGUUUUUUAGAAAUAAAAAAGUCUCUGUAUCAAAAUGAUAACUGAUGUGCAAUUGGCAAUUUUUUCAAAUGUCCUGGGUGUUUUUCUCUUCCUGCUCGUUGUUGCUUACCACUACAUCAACGCCAAUACGGGAAAGCUUAGCAUCAAAAGCAAAUGAUCUUCGAGAUUUCCACAAGUUAAUUAACAGCAGUAUCUUAUAAAAUCAACUUCGAGUAAUAAAAUGAUAUAAAA